AUGGCUUCCUCAACUCUCUCCAGCUUUCUCCACAACCUCGAUUUGCAGCUCAGAUCCGGUGUCCUCCACCAGUCGAACACCAUCGUUUUAUCCCAACCGGGGGUGGAAUCGGAGAAGGAAGAGGUCGCAUUAUUUUUGAGAGAUCUAUUCACCAUAUUGCAAAUCGGCGGGCUGGAAUUCAAGAAGAAGGGGCUUGAAUCUCUGCUUCUCAACAACGAUGAGAAGUCGGGAGUUCAAGUGUCGACAUCGUCUGCAAACGACUAA